GUCAAUGACGUCUCUCAUACGCUGGUUGCACUGUGGUCGCCUUGGUGGAGAGUAUAGUUACUUAAAACAUGAAAUGGAAUAAAAUGUCGCGGAUUCUUUCACAACGAGACGUCACGCAAGCGUAAUUUAAUCGAUGGUUCUUGAGUGAGAAGUAUUCCGUCCCGGCAGCCGUGUCUUGUGUGGGCUUUUAAUCGGCAAUAUUUCAGGGUGAGGAGCGACACACUCCUCCAUUAUCAGCUAUUUCACCUAAGCGGUUUUCCUCCGCCCAUCGCUUCACCUUCAACCUGGCCAGAGAAAUGUGCCAGCAUCGCCGCUGCUGUUGUCCUCCGCCGCCCUCACGCAUCUGAUUUAUUUUUUUAUUCAGCGCAGUAAAAAAAAAAAAAAAGCUCUCAGGACCGCACAAGAGAGAAAGAGACAUCUUCUUUACUUGAGUUGACCGCCUCAAAGCAUCAUGGGUAGGAAAAAGAUUCAGAUCCAGCGGAUCACCGAUGAAAGAAACAAGCAGGUGACAUUCACCAAACGCAAAUUCGGCUUGAUGAAGAAGGCGUACGAGCUGAGCGUGCUGUGCGACUGCGAGAUCGCCCUGAUCAUCUUCAAUCACGCCAACAAGCUCUUCCAGUACGCCAGCACCGACAUGGACAAAGUUCUGCUCAAGUACACCGAGUACAACGAGCCGCACGAGAGCCGCACCAACGCCGACAUCAUCGAGACUUUGCGAAAGAAAGGCUUCAAUGGUUGCGACAGUCCGGAACCUGACGGCGAAGACUCCAUCGAUCAGAGUCCCUUAAAUGACGACAAAUUUCGGAAGACCACAGAAGACCUGGAUGUUCUCUUCAAGCGUUACGGCCAGCAGUCGACGGCUCCGCCGCAGACCUUCACCAUGCCCGUCACCGUGCAGGCGUCCAAUCCCAGCCCGCUGCAGUUCAGCAACCCUGGCAACGCGCUGGUAACUACCUCCUACGUGACGGCGUCGUCGCUCGCCGACACCCACCUCCUGUCGCCACAGCAACCGGCUCCUCCGAGGAACACAGUCUCCCCCGGGUUGCCGCAGCGACCGGCCAGCGCAGGUGCGCUCCUGGGUGGUGACCUGAAUAAUUCAAACGGAGGCUGUCCGAGUCCAGUCCCUAACGGCUACACCAGCGCCAGGGCCUCGCCGGGUCUCCUGGCCGUGUCCAACGGCAACAGCCUGGGAAAGGUGGCCCCGGCCAAGUCGCCGCCGCCCGCCAGCCCCCAGAUGGUCAGCGGGCGCAAACCGGACCUCCGCGUCAUCACCUCGCAGGGCGGGAAGAGCCUCAUGCAGAUGACAGAGGAUGAGCUGGAGUUGGUAAAUGAGAACGCCCAGCGGCUGGCGGUCGGCGCCCAGGUGGCCCAGACCCUCACCACGCCCGUGGUGUCGGUGGCCACGCCCAGCCUCCUGGCGCAGGGCCUCCCCUUCUCCGCCAUGCCCACGGCAUACAACACAGAGUACCAGCUGACAAGCGCAGACAUUACGGCGCUUCACGCCCUGGCGUCUCCCGGCGGCUUGCUGCCAACCAGCGUGGCGGCGUGGCAGCAGCCCGUCGUCUCGCAGCAACCGCCGCCGCAGCAGCAAACGCACCAGCAGCAAAUCAAUCUAGCGUCGCUCAGCAACUUGGUCAUGUGGGGCGUGGACAAACAAAGCAGCGAGCUGUCUAGCCAGGUGUCCAGUCUGGCUGCCAAUCUGAGUCUGGGCUCUCCGUCCAACCUGCUCUUGGGUAGAGAUGAGUGGUUGGGCCGGCCGGUGGCGCACAUACCUCAAGGCGCCAUGUUGACGGUCAACACCAGCAGCGGCGUCAGCAUCAAGUCGGAGCCGGUGUCGCCGGGUCGGGACCGCAGCACCCCUUGCCCUCCGCCGGCACCGCCGCCGCCGCCGGUCCCGCCGCCUCCGUCCGCUGGCGCCACCCUGACGGCACCACCUCAGUACCCGGGCUCACUGCUGUGCUUGGAGCCGCCCACGGGACGUUCUCCCGCAGACAGCGUGAGCAGCAACGCCAGCUCCUUCGAAGGCAGCGACCGCGAGGACACGGGCGGCGGCGGCGCCAACAACAACAUGGCCGCCACGGGGAGCGUCGGGCCGGGCCGCUCUGACUUCAGCCCCUCGCCGGAGCCAGAAGGUGGCAACAUCAAGCGAAUGAGACUGGACACCUGGGUCACAUAAGCGGCGAGGGAGAGCACGCAGGGAGGUUUGGACGACACUGAAACACAUCACGUCACGUCACGUCGUACACGCCACAUGUGAGGACGUUGCAUUCAAAUGCCUCAGCGCGCGCUUCGAGCCUCGACACCAUCGCGUCUGUGUACGUUUCGGAAGUUGAACAGAGACAAGUGGACUCUUGAAGACACUUGGCCUUCCAUCUGAAAAGCUUCUUCACUUCGGAAUCGUUGGUCUGGCUGGCAAAACAUCUUAGUAGUGGACACUUAAAUCAACAAGUAGGACUCCGAGAGUGAGCAAGUCGACAGAAAUUGUCAUUUUUCAAGUCAUCUAAUUGGUGCUUAUUCCAUCAAGGGAUGCCAACUCAAGGUUCAUCAUUUGGAUAAAUAUGACAUCAAAAACAAAAUAGCUCAUCAUAUUAUAUGGCGAGCUAUUUAGGUCAAGUCCACACCUAAGAUUUCAAAGUGAAGAAGCCUUUUGGGUUAAAAAAACCUCUUCAACUGACGAGUCCAGUCGGGUCCCUUCAACUUUGAGAGAUGUUCCUCACCUCCAUUUUAUUCAGUCCACAUUCAGCGGACAUCACUCCCUGCGGACUCCCUUUGCAACAUUUCCCUUUCUUCAGCAAGUCCCUCCCACGCUGCACUUUUUUCUUCUUUUUUGGAAGCGCUUCAGGCCGACGUAGUCCUCGGAAUGCCAAAACGAAACGCGGCGCGCACAAAACCCGACGCCCUUGUGGCUCUUUACGACUUGGGUGUUGUGCAAGACACGCUGUUGUGUUCUUUCUCCGUCAGUGGUUCUGAAGAUCCGUCACUUUGUAGACAAACCCUCUACAAAACUUUGAUGUCCAAAUUUUUCGCACGAGCUAGCCCUCCCAUCUUCUUUUCCCGUGGUUCCCCCAAAGUGAACGGACAAUUUCUAUAUUUCUAACGCUUCCGUUAGCUUUUUGGCCUCAAGCGCGUGUAUGUACAUAUAUUUGCAUAGACUUUGCCAGUUAGCCCUAAAAAAAAAAAAAAAAAUGCACAAAAAAAAAUAAUGUCAACUCAGUGGAUCUGUCCGCUAUUAUUAUUAUUAUAAACAAGCGUGACGUUGAUAUGUUUGGGUAGCGUACCCCCCCACUUAGCGCCUGCUCGGUCGUGUUGUUGUCAUUUUUGCUACGCACAUUGGAAACGCAACACACACACUCGCACACAAUCACUGCCCUUCACGUUAGCCUAGCUUCAUAUCUAAACGCACAUUUAGCCCUAUUUCUACGGCAACCAGUAAAGUCAAAAAAGAUUGUUUGAUGUCAUUUUUAAAUAGCAAUUUGUUUCGUCGCCAUUAUCUCGGUGCGUGAAUGUGUGUGUGCACAAGUUAUUUAGUCAAAAUAGAAGAGAUGAUGUCUACUCCGUCAGACCUUAUUCACCAAUUCCCCAAAUUAUAUCCCCACCCUAAAAAAAAUCACGCCUACUCGUCUGCGGUCACUUGACUGUUAAGCCCACACAUGAACUGGCAGCGCUUAGCUGUGUUGUAACUCUUGAUUAUAAAAAAAAAAGGAAAAAAAAUCCAACAAAAAGCAGAUGUUUCUAGCAGAGCUUUAAAAUGCUAAGUAAGCUCUGUAACUGACUGUUAUUGCAUUACAACAUUUUAAAACUCUCUUUCAAAAUCAAUAUCACGCAAGAAAAAAAAAGGGGCUUGACAAAUGUGAAUUUGAACCCCAGGAUAGCCACGGUGUUAUGUUUUGAUUGGACAAUCAAAGUCGGCAUGAUGAGCAGGACUUGUUUUCAGAGUUAACAAAAAAUAAUAAUUCAGCAUGUAUUGCCAAAAAUGUACCUAUGUCUCAGACGAAGCAGUUUUUGCCAAUCAUGGAAAAAAAUGUUUUCCUUUUAGUGGAUAGUGACAGCACGUUACAAAUAUCAUUUUGCGCCACUUUUUAUGCAUCUCAAAAAUCAUUCAAUUCACAGAUGCAUCGUUUACAUUGGGAAGGUUUUAUCUCUUACAAAAAUAUUUUUUGGUUUUCAUUUUUUUUGCACAAUUUAAGAUACAUGUUUUUCAUUGGAAAUUGAUAGUGAUAUUGUUGCCAAAAUAUUUUAUUGUUGAGAUUUUUUUAAUUGCAUGAUAUCAAAAAAUAGAAUACAUUGACAAGAUUAUUUGACCAAAAAAAUCCACCAUUUAGUCGAGUUUGUCCAAUAAACAGCAUGUAUCAAAAUUUUACGAUAUAUUUUUAUCCCUGCACAUUUUUUACAGAAUUAAAACAAACCUCAAAAUUUGAACAAGCAUGAGUUUCCUUGACAAGUGGAAACAUCCAAAGUUCUUUUUCCUCCCUCUUCAUUUUAUGUUCAGAUUUAAAAAAAAAAUAUUUAUUGGAUAGCAAUGACAUGACGAAAGAAAACUAAUAAGCAAGUAUUUUUCAAAUCAAGACUGCAUCAAAUGUACCUUGCUUUUAAUUGGAGACGCCAAAACAAGCUCAGUUCGCAAUAGCUGACUGCAAAGUGACACCACUCCGAUUGGCUCAAUCCUGCCCCCUUGUGGUCAAUUGACAAAUCUCUCAACGAGGGAGGGUGAAACACACUUGGGCCCCUGUUACUUGUGUAUGAUGUCAUGUUCAGGUUUCUUUGUACCGCUUCAGUGCAUCGCCAAACAUCUACGAAGCCUUUUAGUUUGUGAAGCUCGUAAUUUUUGAAACAUCGAACUGUCUGUCAUCGUUUUCACCGACAUCCAAACUGGUUUCCUUUUGAUUCAAAGCAACUUGCACGAUCGGACAAUGCGGUAUUAGCAAAUGCAAUAAAAGGAACGUACCAGUUAAAUGCUGCAGUUUUCAUCCAGAUAUAGAAUAUAUUUAUAAAGGAAAAAAAAAUUUGUGGAAAUUCAAACAUGGUUAGACGCAUGGGACGCAGGUAACCGUAAUGUCACACGCAGUCAGAAUGAUGUAGCAAAUAAAAUACUAAAGAUGAAAUUUAUAGCUAAUAUAUUGUGUUGAGCUAGUCUGCUAUGGGUUUUGAUGUAAAGAUGAUGUUUUGCCGUUUUGUUUUUCUUGAACGAUAUACAGUUUGUGUAUAUUUUCAUAUACAAAAGUAUGCACUGAUGUUAUUGAAAUUCUAUACCGCUUUUACAGAAAAGUGUUUGUUGUACCAAAGUAUCCAAGUCCCUUGAAACCUUCUCCUUUUUGCGUAUGUUUUACUGUAUUUUAUAUAUUAAAUGACAAACGGAGUGAAGUUCA